AUGCGGCAGCCUUUGAGUUUCUAUUUAGAGCCUCCACCUUUGCCACUGGAAGAACUGGAACCUCCUGCUGAGAAGGUGGAGGAGAAGCCUAAAGAACCUGUAGAGAGCUGUAAAGAUGACCUCAGCAAGAAGAAACAGCAACGGCGGCGACGGAAUACUCGGCCAACCAACUCCUAUAUGCAGCAAGCACCAAUUCAUCACAGAGUAAACUACCCACCAGAGGUCUACCAGCCAGGACCUCCUCCCAAUUGGUAUGGGCCUCCACAGCCUCAGCAACAGGCUCCCUACUUUUCUACACAGCCGCUUCCACCUGGUGGUCCAGCAGCAGCAACAAGGUUCGGGUCCUCACAGUACAACAGUCCUAAGCAGGAACUGCGUACCAUGUUGCGUGCACGCCAGCCAGCCACACAGGGUUACAUUCAACAUAACACCCAGCAGGGCUUCUCACCCAGUAUGCACAUGUUGCAGUCAAAACAACGCAAUCAAUUCAUCCGGCAAACGCUGCGUGUACACCAACAAGGCCUCCAGAGAGGAUUACAAGUGGGUGACCAAGCGCACUACAAUCAACAGCUUGCAGGGAACCCACAGGCUACAUUACAUCAUAUGACCCAGGCACAAGGCCUCAAUCAAAAUUAUCCUUCCUAUAAUGGUAUGCCUAUGCAACAAGCAGCAGCAGUUAUGGAUCCUGUGUCGGGAGGAAUGAUGUCACAGAAUUUUGGUCAGUCGUAUCCUAAUGCUCAGAAUCCUGCCAUGCUACAAGGAAUGCAACCCCAAGGCCCUCAAGCACAAGCAACUGGCUUCAUGUCCCAGCAACAGGCCCAACAAGCCCAAGCACCUUUUAAUCCAGCUUCAAGAGUUUAUACGGUUCUUUCUUUUUUCUUUUUUUUUCCUUUUUUCUUUCUUUCUUCUAUUUUUUUCUUUUCCUUUUUCUUUCUUCUAUUAUUUCUUUUCUUCUAUUAUUUCUUUUCUUCUAUUAUUUCUUUUCUUCUAUUAUUUCUUUUCUUCUAUUAUUUCUUUUCUUCUAUUAUUUCUUUUCUUCUUUCUUUCUUUUCUUCUUUCUUUCUUUUCUUCUUUCUUUCUUUUCUUCUUUCUUUCUUUUCUUCUUUCUUUCUUUUCUUCUUUCUUUCUUUUCUUCUUUCUUUCUUUUCUUCUUUCUUUCUUUUCUUCUUUCUUUCUUUUCUUCUUUCUUUCUUUUCUUCUUUCUUUCUUUUCUUCUUUCUUUCUUUUCUUCUUUCUUUCUUUUCUUCUUUCUUUCUUUUCUUCUUUCUUUCUUUUCUUCUUUCUUUCUUUUCUUCUUUCUUUUCUUUUCUUCUUUCUUUUCUUUUCUUCUUUCUUUUCUUUUCUUCUUUCUUUUCUUUUCUUCUUUCUUUUCUUCUUUCUUUCUUUUCUAUAUUUUUUUUUUUUUUCUCUUUUUUUGUUUCCAUGCCAUUUGCAUAUGUUGCUUCUCCCCGCCCUUUUUGUAGGCUCCCGCCCCAGAUGACCCCCAGUGGCAUGCAGAGACACUCCAGCGCUAUGGGCUCCAUGUCUAACUACAGCCAGCUGGGGCCAACCGGUCCCCAGCAGAGCCACGCCUAUCUUCAGGGCAUACCCCCUCAAGCUCAGCAGCAGCAGCAGCAGCAACAACAGCAGCAGCAGCAACAACAGCAGCAGCAGCAGCUGCUCCAACAACAGCAGCAGCAGCAGCAGCAGCACCCUCAACAGGCAGCCUCACAGCAACAGGCUCAACACAUGUUGGUAAUGCAGAACUCGCAGAUACAGCCAGCCACACAGCAGCAACUUGUUGCCCAGCUGCACCGGCAAAUGGCACAAAACCCUACAGCACAGUACAAUAACUACCAACCACCUCAGUAUUAG